AUGGUUAACAAUGGCGUUACAUUCAACCAGAAAGGUCGUAAAAACUUCUUGCACGAGUCAGAUCAAUCAAUUCAUUUAAUGACGACGUUGAUAAACGUUGAUGACGACCUUAAGAAUGGGUCUUUUUCCGAAACGACGAUUCUAAUCCCCUCGGAACUAUCAGACUAUCCGGUUUCAACAUCUACAGUCUGCAGGCAGAAUGGAUCUAUGAGAUUUUUCGUCAUCAGUUUGAUGGCCAUACCGAUUUUAAUUCAGGUAUUUUCUCAGUCCAUCUGGGGUGCAAUACACGAAUCGGCGUUGUUGGCGUUUCCCAAUUGGACGAGAAGAUCUAUUUCGUUAUUGCCCAUAUGGGGCAGUGUAAUUACUGCAAUAUUGAUAAUUCCGGCAUGUGUGGCAAUAAAUAAAUGCGGGUUGAGAUUGAGCCUGUUGUGUUCGUGCUGCUUUUACACGUUGGGCUCGGCCAUAAGAUGCAUGCCGUCUAUGUACUCCUGUACCUUGUGUUUGCACUUGUCGGCGAUAUUCUUGUCCGUGGGCGGCGUGUUGAUGACGCCUCUCAUAAUCACCAUGUCGGCGUUGUGGUUCCCCAAGAACGAGAGGAACAUGGCUACAGGUGUCUGUCUCGCCGUCAGGAUGCUGGGAUCGGCGGCCACUUAUGUGAUCGGUCCCUACGUAGUGUCGGUGGCCAGGGACGGGCUGGAAAAACCUUUCAUUAUGAAGAUCCGCAUAAUGCAAAUGUUGUACACCUGUAAGAUAAUUACUACUUAA